AUGGAGGCGAUGCAGCCGCUGGCUGUGAGUGCAGGGGGGCGACCGAAGCUGGAGGAUGGCGAAGUUGAGAACUACAAGUGCGAACGCGAUGCGUAUGAGUUGGAAGGAACAGAAGAAGAUCAGAAUGGAAACGGGUCUCAGCUUCUACAACAGGGACAAGAAGUGAAGUGGUACCUCGAGCUACGGCUGAUUGAGAACGUCACAGAGAAGCUGAAGCUGCCGCAGGGCUCCAAGGACUUGUUCCUCAAAGCGUUGAAGACUGCGCUGGCAGAGAAGUCUUGGCUGCACAAGGGCAACAAGAUGGGAGCAGGGAGCGGCGAGACGCUGGGACAAGCAGCACAACCGAGGUUCAACGCAGGGAUCGGGACGAUCUUAGAGAUGCAGGCGGCGCAACAACGGGCGACGGGCGAAGUGAUGGGGAGCUGCUGUCAGGCACUCUCAGACCUUGAUAGCCUGAUGACUCACGCGAAGAACAUGGCUUGCGAGCUGUUUGAGCCCAAGGGAAUCAAACUUCGGCUACAUCAGUUCCGAAGUGGCGUUGUGGUGAUCAAAAGAAAAGAUGAUGGAGUCCAGAACGAGAACGACGCCGUCGUCCAGAUGCUCAAGGAGAGCGGGAGAGGAGUCAACGCCGCGCAGGCAGCCAAGGAGCUGGGCAUGUCUGUGGCUGCUGCGCGAGAGCUGCUCAAGGAGGAGGAGAGGAGGGGGACGAUCUGCAGAGACGACAGCAUAGAGGGUCUCAACUUCUACUUCAACGUCUUCUCAGGGUUCAAAGAGGAAUGA